AGUUUCCACCGGGCCGGUGAUUUGGUGCAAUGCGAACACUUAAAUCGUUCAUUGUGCACGCUGUCAGAUAGACAGGCGGGAGCAGCAACCUCCCACUCCUCCUAUUGCUAUAACAACCACAGGGCGCGCGGUGGCACACAGCAGCUCGGAUGCGACUACCAAGUGUCAUCCUCCUGCAAGCAGCCCGACCUCAGCUCACCGCAUCGCCGCUUUGACACUGACUGAAUCCCGCCCGUGGAGGAGCAGGAGGAGGAGGGGGGGGGGGGAGAGCCUGUGUUUCCCCCGUCACACUGAUCUGAACAGUGGGGAAGCUCAGAGUCGGGAUCCGCUACGUCAAACAGAUUAGUCAAAUAACCUCUCGGGGUAGGACAUACCUCCUUCCUUGGGCUUGCCUGGCUGCAUGCAUGCAUGGGCUGAGGAAGCGAGAUAGUCAGACACAUAGCCAGGAAGCUCUUGGCGAAAUACAGAAGUGCACUACUUUUUUUUUUUCUGUGUCUGGGUAAGACGACUGUGGUGAUCCUCCAGCAGCGUCUCUUCUCCUUCUCCUUCUCCUUCUCCUUCUUCUUCUUCUUCUCCUCCUCCUCCUCCUCCUCUCCCCACCCCUGGUGCGAAAUGGCGAAAGAAAACGGCGAGUCCAGCGAUGGAUCUUGGAAAAAGAAUGUCGAUGAUAUCAAGAAGAUAUUUGACUUUAAGGAAGUCCUUGGGACUGGUGCGUUUUCUGAAGUGGUGAUGGCUCGAGAGAAGGCCACAGGAAAGAUGGUCGCAAUCAAGUGCAUCCCGAAAAAAGCGCUGAAGGGGAAGGAGACGAGCAUCGAAAAUGAAAUCGCCGUUCUUAGGAAAAUAAAGCACGAGAAUAUCGUGGCUCUGGAGGACAUCUACGAGAGCUCAAACCACCUGUACCUCAUUAUGCAGCUGGUGUCUGGAGGCGAGCUGUUCGACCGAAUCGUAGAGAAAGGGUUCUACACAGAGAUGGACGCCAGUCGGCUCAUUCGCCAGGUUUUGGAUGCAGUCAACUAUCUGCACUCUAUGGGCAUAGUGCACAGAGACCUGAAGCCUGAGAACCUGCUGUACUUCAGUCCCCAUGAUGAGUCAAAGAUCAUGAUCAGUGACUUCGGCCUGUCCAAGAUGGAGGGAACAGGUGACGUGAUGGCCACCGCCUGUGGGACUCCAGGAUACGUGGCUCCUGAAGUUUUAGCUCAGAAGCCCUACAGUAAAGCCGUGGACUGCUGGUCCAUUGGGGUCAUCGCUUAUAUUCUGCUGUGCGGUUAUCCUCCUUUCUACGACGAGAAUGACUCGAAGCUCUUUGAGCAGAUUCUCAAGGCAGACUAUGAGUUUGACGCACCGUAUUGGGAUGACAUAUCAGACUCCGCCAAAGACUUCAUCAGCUGCCUCAUGGAGAAGGACCCAGAGAAGAGAUUCAUAUGUGACCAGGCUCUGCAGCAUCCUUGGAUUGCCGGAGACACUGCUCUCUGCAAGAACAUACAUGAAUCAGUCAGUCGACAGAUGCGGAAGAACUUUGCCAAAAGCAAAUGGAGGCAAGCUUUUAAUGCGACGGCUGUGAUCCGCCACAUGAGGCGCCUGCAGCUGGGCACCAGCUUUGGCAGCAGCAUUCACAACGCCAACUCCAACCCUCAGAGUCGUGCUCCAGCCAAGAGCCAGUCUGUGGACUGCGACCCUCCCUCCCUGAAGGACUGUCCUCCCAUAGCCCCUUUGCCCUCUGCUGUUAAAGUGUACAAUCAGGACUCUGAUGCCCCCUCUCCUGUACGAGAGGAACCAUCUGUGGUGGCCGAGCCAUCGCGGCCACGACCCUCCACCGUUACGGUCAUCCACACUGGGACUAAAUGACGCCAGGUUCCGCGGGAGGUGAGCUGGGAGACCACAGAGCUUUGAGACGGGACACAACCUUCCCAGACCUCAACGUCCUCGCCCAGUUUGCUCAUCCCGCAACCUCCCAUCUGUUUCUGCCAACCCACGGGAGGAAUUUGAGGAGCGUUGGCUCAGCUCCAUUUACCAUGGCUCAGCGCGACAUCGCUGCUGCUUCCCUUCCCACCGUCAUACAGACCUGGAAGUACAGAGAUGCUCACCAGAAGUAUUUAUUGUGGAAGCUAACGUUCAGCCUGGCUCAUGGUCGUCUGGCAGAUGAACAAGCAGCUGGGAAGUGCCACACUAAAGGAAACUCUUUAAUGAAGCUGCUAUCAGUUUUGACUGUGAGCGUCUUGAGAGAAGGCCGCUCCUCUGUAUGCCUUGUGUAAAUAUCCUGCCUGGAAAUGUUGAGUUGAGUCAUGUUAUGCAAGUGAAAUAUAAGCUUCAAGCCGUGGUAAAUAAUUGUGACAUCAUCUGCACUCUGAACUUUUUCUUGUCGUUUUGACAGCUUUUGUUAAUUUGCUGUGGUAUUCGCUACAAUGGCUCCAGACAGUGUGACAGUAUGUGUUAUCUCUUUGCUUUAAAGUGUGAGGACAGGAAAUAUGAGCAGGACAGCGUGCUUCAAUCACGGCUGUGAUCGUUGGGAGGGCCGGUGCAUUGCACUCAUGUAUUGGAUUAUUUAUUUUCUUACAACAUAUUAUGACUUUUGUAAGGAAUGUGUAAAGGUGUUAUUAGACUGGACUGAAAAGCUAUUGAAUUGAAUGAUAAAGCUACAGUAUCUAAUAGUUGUUACUUUGUAAUUUCUGUUUUAUUUGAUGAAUAUUUGUUUUGACGUGACUGUGAAGUCCUCCUUGACCACAGGAGGGCAACCACGUGUUGUUGCUGUGUGACCAGUUCUCAGGGAUGUGCUGCAACAUGAAGCCAACCAAACCCCUCUUCUCACUGCUGAUGAGGAUGAUGGUGAAGAGUAAAACCUCCAAAUACUGCAUAUUAUUCUAAUGUGCCAUUGGGAGAGUUUCACAGAUGCUUUUUAUUUCUUUUUAAAUCCAUCAUUAUUGACAGUAUGAGUGUAAUGUAACUUGUAUUGAAUGGAUUGAUUUUCCCUUUAAAAAAAAACUUGAAUUAUAUUUGGAUUUAAAGAAAGUGUUUAUCAGUGAAGUGCGCAUUCAUGUCGUCGUUAAAAAUGUAAAAUGACAAAUGAAUGCAAACGUAUCUCGAUCGCUCCCAUUGCAGAAUCGUCUAAUCAGUAGUGUACAGUUCAGUGGGUGUGAUAUCGUGCUACCUGCUUCCGCUCAUGAGGUGGCUGGUCUGAGAACAGCUCCCUCACUCUGUUUAAUCACUGUGCUUUCAUACCAGCCUGUUGAAUUUAGCAGAAAGACUCUUUCUCCUUCCUUCCUCCCGCUCGCUCUCUCGAGACUUUCACACAGAGAAGAGGAUCUGUCUUUGUAUUUUCUCUGUGGUCCCUUUUUUUAUUUUAUUUUUCUUUCAUUUUAAAUCACUCAACAUGAAUGAUAAAAAUAACACUCCACCAAAAUAUGCCCAAUAUCAAGGGCUUUGCCAUGUUGACUUAUCUAAAAAAAUGUUGUGGUGAAUUUUGACAUCUACUUACUGUAAAUACAAAUCUCAACAACAACAGUUAGCUUUGGUCUUGAGUGUUUAUUUUUGUCUUCCCUAUAUUUGUUCUCCAAAAAAAAAAAAAAACAUCAACAGAAAGCAACAAAUAUGAAGCAUUGAAAGCCCCUCAGUUUGCAUGUAUUACAUAUUGUUAAAGAAAU